UUUGCGCCGGGCGCCGCCGCGGGCGCUGCACAGUCCCGAGUACCCGCCCGGGCUGACGGCGCAGCAGGAGCAGGAGGAGGAGGAGGAGGCGCGGGGAUGGAGAGCGAUCGGCUGGAGAGCCCGGUUGCCAUUAAGGGUAUUGAAAGAGAGCUUAUCUGCCCAGCAUGCAAGGAAUUGUUUACCCAUCCACUGAUCCUUCCCUGCCAGCACAAUAUCUGUCACAAAUGUGUGAAAGAAAUACUUUUUGCAUUUGAAGACUCCUUUGCUGAUGGAGGCUCAGAAUCCUCUAAUCAGAGUAGCCCUCGAAUUAGAAUCUCUGCUUCUAGCAUGGACAGAAUUGACAGGAUUAAUAGAUCAGCCUCACAGAGGAGGUCUUUUGGGUGCAGAGGCAGAAAACGCAAUUCACUGACUCCUAGAUCGACUCUGUUUCCUUGUCCGAGUUGCCAGCGGGAUAUUGAUCUUGGAGAGCGUGGCAUCAAUGGCUUAUUUCGGAACUUCACUUUGGAAACCAUUGUGGAAAGAUACAGACAGGCAGCCAGGGCAGCCAUUGCUAUUAUGUGUGAUUUCUGCAAGCCUCCACCUCAGGAGUCCACCAAGAGCUGCAUGGACUGCAGUGCAAGCUAUUGCAAUGAAUGUUUCAAAAUUCACCAUCCUUGGGGAACUGUGAAAGCCCAGCAUGAAUAUGUGGGACCAACCACCAACUUCAGACCCAAAAUUUUGAUGUGUCCAGAACAUGAAAUGGAGAGAGUAAACAUGUACUGUGAGAUCUGCAGAAGGCCUGUUUGUCAUCUCUGCAAACUGGGUGGAGGUCAUGCAAACCAUAGAGUAACAACCAUGAGCACUGCCUACAAAACCCUUAAGGAGAAGCUUUCAAAAGAUAUUGAGUACCUCAUCAGUAAGGAGAGCCAGGUGAAAGCUCACAUCACACAGCUGGAUCUGCUGCUGAAAGAAACAGAGUGCAACAGUGAAAGAGCUAAACAAGAAGCAUCUCAGAGUUUUGAGAAAUUGUAUCAUGUCCUGGAAGAGAAGAAAUAUGCAGCUCUUAGGGCAAUUGAAACUUCUAAGAAUAUAAGGCUGGAAAAAUUGCAAACACAAGUGGAAGAAUACCAAGGGCUCCUGGAAAAUAAUGGCCUUGUAGGAUAUGCUCAAGAAGUGCUUAAAGAAACUGAUCCCUCCUGUUUCGUUCAAACAGCAAAACAACUUCAUGUCAGAAUCCAAAAAGCUACUGAGUCUCUGAAGAGCUUUAGGCCUGCAGCUGAAACUACUUUUGAAGACUUUGUGGUGGACACUGCCAAGCAAGAAGACAUCCUUGGUGACUUGUCCUUCCAUUCCAAUGGUCUAGAAAUACCAGAAAUCAAUGAAGAGCAGUGCAGAAUGUACAACAAAGCUCUGAUCAGCUGGGAAUGCCCUGAGAAGACAGAUUCAGCUGAUAUCUAUGUUCUUGAGUAUCAUAAGCUUAAUAAAGAAGAGGAGAGUGUGACAUGGCAGAAGACUGAAGUUUGUGGCAAGAGCAAAGUGUUAUCUGAUCUUGAUGAUGACAGCAGCUAUGCCUUUAGAGUUCGAGGAUACAAAGGGUCUAUCUGUAGCCCUUGGAGCCGAGAAGUUAUUUUGCGUACUCCGCCAGCUCCAGUUUUCAGUUUUCUUUUCGAUGACAAAUGUGGGUACAACAAUGAACAUCUCCAGCUGAACCCAAGAAGAACCUCUGUGGAAAGUAGGGCUGGAUUUCCUCUGCUUCUGGGGUCUGAGCGCUUGCAGGUUGGAUGCUACACAACCCUGGAUUACAUCAUUGGAGACACUGGCAUUGCCAAAGGGAAGCACUUCUGGGCUUUUAGUGUGGAAUCCUAUUCAUACCUGGUGAAAGUGGGAGUUGUUCCUAGCAACAAGAUACAGAAAUUGUUCCACAAUACCCAUGAUGUGACCAGUCCAAGGUAUGAGCAAGACAGUGGUCAUGACAGUGGGAGUGAAGAUGCCUUCUUUGACUCAUCUCAGCCUUGCACCCUGGUCACUUUAGGCAUGAAAAAGUUCUUCAUCCCUGCUACACCAGCUGCUCCCAAGGAUCCAGCAAGCAGAAUCCUUCCCCUGCCGUCGUGCUUGGGCAUUUGCCUUGACUGUGACAGAGGCAGGGUGGGGUUUUACGAUGCAGGCCGUAUGAAGUGCCUGUAUGAGUGUGAGGUGGAUUGCUCUGGUUUAAUGUACCCAGCGUUUGCUUUGAUGGGCGGUGCAGCAGUGCAUCUUGAGGAAGCUGUCACAGCCAAGCACAGGGAGUACCACGACGACAUCUAGUGCAGUAAUCUCUUCCUGUUCUGAGACAGAAAAUGAAAGCAGAAGAAUUCUACCUUAGCUUUUAGUCCUGAUAAAUUAUAUUCUACCUACAUGUUGCUCACAAGCCUCUGGCCUGUGAUUUUUUAAAACUAAAUGGUCCAGGCACUUCCAGCACCAGAGGAAUUCUCCUGCCUUUCUUGUGAUCUGUGCAAUGCUGUUCUCCACAGACUUCUUUUCCUGGGGGAAGCAGGGAAGAAGUCUGACUAGCAACCAAAAUUUACUUUUCAGGACUAGCAACCAAAACUUACUCUUCGGGGUAGAAAUCUGCCUUUUAUUUAACUUAAAUCCUUGCAUAGUCAGUUUUGUAUUUAAUGAAAUCAAAGCUGGCGUUGUGUGAUUGCCAUUUUCCUUUUAAGAAAUCUGCCUGAAUGCCUCUGUGGGGUCAAAUGCUUUCCAGUUAACCCCUGAGCACCAGUUGGGCCUUUCAGCACAAAAUAGCAUAUUAAAAAAUAGAAUUUAAAAGAGGAAGAAAUUAGAAAUGGUGUUGAAUGUUUAAGUUAUACUUGGAAUGAUGAAGGUAAACUUGAAUCUGAUUGCAUGUUGUAUACCCUUAAUGUGAUUGUAAGUUAAAACUCAAGUUCUGACACUCAGUGUCAUAUAGUUGAUGGCAUAAUGGUAUUCUUUAUUCUUCCAGGCUUUUACUAUAAGCUAUCUAAAAGAAAGUGCAAUUGUAUCUUAAAUGUCAGAAUUUGGAGUCAAAAAUCAGAAAUGUUUGCAUGUGUGAAAAAUAGUACCUGGUAUUUAGGCAAAAGCAAAUGAGUUGCUGACAUGAGUAAUCAUAUGUGAAUUAAAAAAAAAAAAAUCAGGUAUUUCUUUUAAUACUUGCUUUUAUAGAUUACUUUUUUAUCUAGUAGCAGCUUGGAUUUUUUUUAGUAAGAAUGUUAAAAAUGCACUGGUUAAGUUUUGAGACCUAAUUUCUGCCUUAAAGGAUGUCUCCCUUCAAAUUUCAGUUCCUCUGAUGUUAAAAACUGUAUCACAUAGUAGUUUUUCACAGAAUCAUAGAACCAUGGGAACAGCUUGAAUUGGAAGAGACCUUUAAAGACCAUCUAAGUCCGAGCCACCUUGUUAUGGGCAGGGACCUGGCACUAGACCAGGUUGCUCAAAGCUGCAUCCAACCUGACCUUGAACACUUCCAGGGAUGGGGCAUCCACAGCUUCUCUGGGAAACCUUCUCCAAUGUCUCACCUCACUUAUUGCUAGAAAUUUCUUCCUUAUAUCCAAUCUAAAUCUAUCGUCUUUUAACUUAAAACCAUUGUCCUUUGUCCUGUCUCUCCAGGCCUUGGUAAAAAGUCUCUCUCCAUCUUUCUUUUAAAUCCUUUUUGUAUAUUAAAAGGCUGUAAUAAGGUCUCUCUGAAGCCUUUUCCAUGCUGAACAGCUCCAUGUCUCACAACGUCUUCACAGGAUAGGUGUUCCAGUCCUCUGAUAAUUUUUGUGCCUCUCCUCUGGAACCAUUCUGUGCUGGGGACCCCAGAGCUGAAUGCAGUAUUUCAGGUGGGGUCUUGGUAGAGCAGAAUGGGAAAAUCAUCUUCCUUGCCCUGAUGGCCACCUGGGCAGCUUGUGAUGCUUUCUGUGCUGUAAGCAGACAUUGCUGGUUCAUGGCCGAUUUUUCAUCCACCAGGAUGCCCAAGUCCUUCUCUGCAGAGCUUCUCUCCAUCCCCCAGUCUGUAUUCAUAGUGGAGAUUACCUGGAUCCACGUGCUUGGUCUUGGGGACACAGCAACACCAGUGCCAGUACAUACCCUCGAGGGACGCUGCUCAUUGCUGGUUUCUGCUUGGACAUUGAGCUGUUGAUUGUGAUUCUUUGGGUGUAGCUGUCCAGCCAAUUCCUUACUGAAUAGUCCAUUCACUUAAACCCUUCUCUUUCAAGUUUACAGGUAAGAAUAUUGUGGGGGAUCCUGUCAAAGGCCUUACAGAAGCCCAGGUGCAUGGUAUCUCUUAGCUCUUUCCUUAUCCACUGGUGCAGUCACUUGGUCACAGAAGACCCCUAGGUGAGUCAGGCAAUGCUUGCCCUUAGUGAACUCAUCUGGCUGUCCCUGUUCACUUUCCUGUCUUCCAUAAGUUUUGACCUAUGUUCCAGGAGGAUCUGUUACAUGAUCUUACUGGGAGUGGAGGUGGACUGCCUCUCUUUAUAGAAUCCUAUGUAUAAAAAAAAAAGUAGGGUGCGUGCACUGUUGACGUGUGGAAAAAUAAGGAUCUAAAGUGAAGGAUGUUUCUAAUAAGUACUUGGUGCUUUCUAAUUUGGGGAUAAGCUUUCUAAUUUGGGGAUAUGCUUUCUGAUUUGGGGAUAGUGUUGCAUCUUGAUGAAUGUGUGUGAAGUAUGCUUACUAAGUACAUGUAUACAGCUGUAGAGCUGUGAAAUGGGACCUGAAAAUCACAAUACAGUUAAGUGAAUGUAGGUCAUAAUGCAAAACUUGUGUGGGCUUUGCUGUCUGAACUGUUUUACUGAUCUGACCUGGAGUCCACCUCUCUCAGUGUCUUCUCUCCUAAGCUCUGACUGUGGCCACUGUUGGAAAAAACUGUCAGAAAUGGUUGUCUAUGCCAGCAUAAGCAUGACAACCUUUUUGGGGCUAGAAACGCCCAGCAAGGGCAACUUCUUGUCUGGAUCUCACUUGCAAAUGUUUCUGUCUUGGUAAGGCUGUGUGGAAGUGCACUCCACAGAUUGAGCAUAAGUUACAUGAGAAACACUUUUAUGUCCCAGCAGUAGGUGUGAAGUAUGGGGUAUCUUUUGGAAUUGUCUCCUCCAGGAGAAAGGACAAACUGUCUCUUACUAGUUAGCCUUUUGGUAAUUUCUUCUGUUUUAGAUGGUUAUCAUCAUAGCUGUUAAUUUCUGUCAUUCCCUCCCUUUCAUCUUCCCUCUUACUGGAUUGAAGCCAUUGCUCUCUUCCUGCCUGCUGAGGCUGCCUGAACAGUCUGUCCAUAAGACACUCUCUUGCUGUGAAGGAUGAAGAAGUUUGGUGUUUUCCUUCUUCUUGUAGUCCUAAAACCAUAUUUUCCUUUUUGGUUUUUUUUUUUUUUGUUUGAUACCCACUACUAGGCUCAUGAUGAAGCUUCUUCUGCAGUGUUUUUCAUGAAGUCCUGAUGGUUAGCUGUGCACUCAGGGUUUCCCCCACCUGCUGUGCUGUUUUGCAUUUGUUCGUGUUGAUAAUGCUUGUUUACCUAGUCACUAUGUUCUGAGGGCCUUCUGCAGCUCUUCAGUCACUUCUAGACUUGGAUGUUCCUGAGUAGCUUCAUUGGUAACACAAACAUGCCCACGUUUUAGCUGGUUUGCUUUUCCAGGUCUUGGAGCAAACUAAGUCGUAGUGAGUCUUAACAGAUCUCUCUGCUGUGAAGAUUUUUUGUUUCUUCCAGUUUUCCUCCCUCCAAUAUUUAUUAAACCACAAGUCAAGCAAACACUUAAAACUCUUACAUUAGUCUGUUGAGUAGGUGAGUCAUGAUCUUGCAUGUAAGUGCAGCAGUCAGAGCCAGGAGAAAGGAUUCUCACUUCAGUAGCUGUGACUUCUCCCCUUGCAUAAUUGGCAACAGUCAGUUCAUCUACCAAACUGGCUAUUGGCUUAAAACUCUGGGUUGUAGGGCUGAACUUUCUUUUCCAGACCAAAUCUCCUUCCAUCGACAAAUGUUUCAUUUUUGAUUCCUCUGUUUCAGAAACUGGUCUAAAUUAGAGCGUUUAUGUCAUGGUUAGCACUCCAUAUUUCCACAUUUAGAUUUUUUUAUUAGCAUCUGGAUUGGUAUCACCAGACCUUUUGUUACUUUAUGGAAAUAUUCAUAAAUGGAACACUCUGUUGCAGAUAUGGAGACAGUGUCUCAGACUCAUUGAUCAGAAAAAAGAUUAUUGGUUUGAGAAUAUAGAAGUAAGAAAUUAAAAAUGUAGGGGCUUUUUUCUACUAGAGUUUCAAAUUCAUUUAACAUGUUCUAUGCAAUUACUCUACUGGUCAGAAACUGAUGCUACUUUAAACAUUUAUCUACCUUUUGAUAUAUCUGUUUGUAUUUAUCUCAUUCUGAGUUUAAAAAUUUAUUUGGCUUUUGGUGUUACUUGAAUACUUAGUAUGCAUUCCAGACAGUACUUUUUGGUGCUUACUCCAGCUUAUUAAAUAAAAAAACACACUGUCAAGAGGCACUGACAACAUGCUGUGAUAUUUUUUCCACUACCAUGGAAGUGUCAACUUUCAGAAAUACAGUUCAGCAGUACUUGCCUAUCUAAAUAAUUAUUUUUUCAAGUUUCUCCCUAUGAAACAGCACUUUACAAUGUAGACUAAGCUAAAAAUGGUGUGAUAUUGUGUGGAUCUUUGUGCAAUAUAGCUGUUUGGUGACUAUGGUGUGACUUGCAAAGCUUCAUGCAGCUGUGAAUCAUGUAGACACUUUUUAGAUACCUAAAGCUUUAACAGAAAGGCCUUGUUUGAAAAUAUUCUGAAAUGUAAAAGUGAUGUAUUGUUUUUUUUAAAUAAAAGCUGAAAUACAG